UUCAUUUCAUACUGAAAUUAGUAGUAAUAGCUAACUAGUUGUCGCCCUGUCUGUCCUUCCUAUCUCCUUACGAUUUUGGAAAAACUGAAUUUAGCGUGAUGGGGUUAUAUGUGUGAGGGAGAGUUUGUUUUGGCGAUGCACAUUGAGACUGGCCUCAAUUACCACAAGCUAAAAACCACCGACCCAAAUAUAUACCCAUCCCUCCCUCCACACUCUCGCAACAUAAUUACACUAAUCAAUAAUUAAUUAAUCCUUUCGAAAUUACAGUAAGUGAAGAAAAGAAUAUAAGAUCAUACUCAAGAUGUCAUGUCUAACGCGACUCUUUGCCGGGGCCCUGUGCUUGUUGUGUUUUUCCAGCGUCGUUCGCGCUACAACUCCUGAAUUCUUCGUCGUGGGAGAGGUGUACUGCGAGGUCUGCCGCAUCAAUUUCAUUAAUAAACUCAGUGAGCCUAUGCCAGGGGCAAAGGUGAAAUUGGAAUGCAGAGGCGAGGAAACGGGGAACAUAACAUACACACAAGAAGGCGUAACGAAUGAGGCGGGACAGUAUCGGUUGAAGGUGGAAGGCGAUCAUGAGGAAGAGGAAUGCGGGAUCACGCUGGUGAAAAGUGGUAGAGCAGACUGUGACGAGAUUCCGAACGAGGGGUGGGCGAGCAAGCCAUCUUCACUAAUCACACUCACCAAGAACAAUGGGUUUCAUGGGAGCUCACGCUACGCCAAUCCUCUUGGCUUCACCAAGAAGAAAGCCAACCACGAAUGUGCAGAACUCAUCAAGGAGCUUGAAAUAGAUCCUGAUCAUCCUUAAAUUCUAAUUAAUAAUUCCAUUGAUUA